CUUGGGUUGUCGUUCCGCUUUGCCAACCGCCGUCGCCGCCGUCGUAGGAUGCUCUCUAAGAAGUCAGCGAGCGGUCACGAUCGCUCCUCAGUAGCACGCUGACUUUCGCGAUGGUCAAACGCUUAUUUUCCCUAACUGAUGUGAUUGCUUUUGCUUUGUGAAAUUUGUGCAAUAUUAAAUUUGAAAUUAGAAGUGCAAAUAUUUUGGUCGUUAUUUUUAUUAAUGUUAAUCUGAGAAAACCAGCUUGAGUGUGACGAAAAAAGUGGAUUUAAUAAUUGAAAAUUUGUGAAAUGUGUUAAUAACGAUUGAUAGGCUUCUAUUCAAAAACCUGUGCACUUGUUAAACCGAAAAGCGAAGACAUAUUUCAUGCCAGUGACCGCCACAAUGACUGCCGAGUCGUUGAAGCCAUUUCUAAGUGCACCGAAUGCCCUGGAGAAUCUGCCCAAGGAAUGUGUGGAUAAGACAUCGGUGAAAAGAUAUUUGCUUAUCUGCGGCUUUGUGGUCCUGCUCGGGCUGACGGUGUCCGCCGUUGCGCUGGAGAUAUGGAACACCGACAGGAUCUCCGCCCUGCAACGGGAAGUCGACGUUAUGAAACAACAACUGCAGGAGCUGCGGCAGCUACGAACCAUCGAGAAUCUGGAAGACUUUGACGAUUUCGCGGAAGCGUACGACUCCAACGAAGUUCACUCCACCUCGGACGAAUACGGGGAGGAGUUGGACGGCGAGCGUGACAGUGACACUGAAGAGGGCAGCACCAGUGUUUUCGGCAUUCCGGAUGGUUUCCCCAUUGAUGACAUGGAAACGGAAAUUAGCGUCCAAAGCACCGCCAACGCAGUCGAUGGCAAGCGGAAAGCUCGGUCCAUCAGUGGGAUGACCUAUCAAGGGGUGCCAAUACUUGAGGAGUCCUACAUGAAUCGACACCGCCAUCAGAACCGUAGCCGACAUCAGCAGCAGUUGCGACACCAGCAGCAACAUCACCUAUUACAGCAUCGCACUAGUGAGCCGCAGUAUCAGCAGAUGAGGCAACGGCCGGAGGAAACAGCCACUCCACCUCCGCAGCUGAAGUACAAAUGGGAUGAUGAAUCAGAUGGACAAAUUCCAUCACAGCGUCAGCUAAACUCGGGAACCGUUGCUACUUCUGUUUCCGACAGGCAUCGCAUCAACUCAGAAACUCGAAGACAUCACCAGACGUCUGUAUCGACCACUCCGUACGCACCUCCUUCCAGCUCCCAUCGAAGCGAAAAGUUCGUAGGAAGCCCCAAAUUGACGAAUCUGGUGGGACCAGAUUAUACCACCAAACCACCGGGACCAACCCAUGACCGACGAAGCCGUGUGAUGAUGACCAAUACCGGGGAGCACAACAAAUUCCAAAAAGUUAUCAAAAAUCCGGGAACAUUCAUGGAAUCCCGGCAACCCUCGGUUCAAAAGGUUGGCCGCCUUAUGCGCAAAUCAUCUGUUCCGGCUCGCGUUACCGCCCUACAUCUUGCCAAAUCUCACUCUCACUACCAGAACCUCCGAGCAACGAAUCACGUCCAGUGGCAGUGGCAUCCGGUGGAUCCCAUCAAUCGGGAAGCGCUCAACUCACACGUCUUCCAUCUGUCCCACGACGGAGUGCUGUCCAUCAACGACACCGGACUGUACUUUGUCUACGCUCAGAUAACCUACUCUGACCAGCAUCCGGUCAACGGAUUCAGCAUCAUGGUCAACAGCAAGCGGCACGCAUCCUGUUCCGUUCAUGGACAGCCUGGAAAGAAGACCAACACUUGCUACACGGCUACGUUGGCAGAUUUGGAUCAUGGUUCGCAUAUUGAAAUACGAGACAUGGAUCUGGACCACGUGCAUUUGCCCUUCCAGGAGAAGACGUUCUUCGGGCUUUACAAGCUAGGCAGACGGCCCAUGAUGACUCAACCCAAUACUUAAAAUCGGGGAAGUCUAAUAUUUCGGUGCUUUUUAAUAUCCCGCUCUGUGUACAUAAAGAAUUUUUCAAACUCUUAUCCCAUAGAAAUAAGUCCUGCACGUUCUGCACCCUGAUUAAUCCAGUUCUUACGUCCCACUCUGUGCCUUCUUGUUAUGAACUAUCCAUGUACGGAAAAUGUAUUGUGAAUGUGUUAUUAUUGCCCCUCAAUGUUGUCGUGAUAUAUUUAUGAACAAAAUGGAAAUAAACUGUGGAGUUUUCGAACAAAAAAAAAA